CCCGAUCUUUGGGAGGCGCAGCGGGCAGGAUCGGCAGCGAGGCGCGAGGAGGGGGCAGCAGCGGACCCGAAAACCCAAAUACGGGGCCACCAUAUCGCAAAGGGGGCCGCCAUGGCGGCACUUUCGCCCGCGACGCUACGACGCCAGGACUGGCGGCCGGAGCAUGCGGAAGCCAGGAAGCACGUGUCGCGACUGACCAGGUGCACAGCACGACCCGGUCAUGUCGUCCUCGGCGCCCCCGCUACGCGUCGCCGUGCUCGGGUCCGGGCCGUCGGGUCUAGCUGCGGCCAAGUCUUGUCUCGAAGCCGGCCUCGAGCCCGUCGUGUUCGAACAGGCGGAGGCGCUGGGCGGCCUGUGGCGCUUCCGGAACGACAGUUCACCGGGACUACCUUCGGUGAUGCGAUCGACGGUGAUCAACUCGAGCAAGGAGCUGACGGCCUUCAGUGACUUCCCGCCGCCCGCCCACUUUCCGAACUACAUGCACCACUCGGUGCUGCUCGAGUACCUGCAGAUGUACUCGCGCCACUUCCGAGUUAUCGAGAAGAUACGCUUCAGACAUCAGGUGCUGAGGCUCGCGCCCGCCCACGACCACCAGCGGAGCGGCAGGUGGGACGUGACGGUCAAAGAUCUGGCCACGGGUAGCGUCACCUGUUCGCCCUUCGACGCCGUCAUGGUGUGUACGGGCCACCACGCAUUUCCGGCGCGGCCCGCAUCGGUGCGGGGCCUGCAGCGCUUCGAUGGCACCGUGCUACACAGCCACGCAGUCAAGGACUGCCUGCGGUUCCGAGAUCGCCGGCUGCUCGUGCUGGGAGCCGGAAACUCCGCCAUGGACGUCGCCACCGAGGCCAGCCUCUUCGCGCGAAAGGUGUACCUGAGCACGCGUCGCGGCUCCUGGGUGCUGCACCGGGUGGCGCCCAACGGCUUGCCCAUGGACACGCUCAUCCAGCGUCGCUACUUCCAGCACCUGCCGCUGUGGCUGCUUAACCGCAUGGCGGAGCGCGAGUGCCAGAGGCUGCUCAACCACGACCUGCUCGGCCUGAAGCCCCGGCACCGCCUGUUCCAGCAGCACCCGACCAUCAACGACGCGCUCGCCAACCGCGUGCUCAGCGGCACGCUCGUCAUCAAGGGCGACGUCGAGGAGUUCACCGAGACCGGAGUCCGCUUCCGAGGGGACGCGGAAGACACCAAGGUCGACGACGUCGUGCUGGCCACGGGAUACGACAUCAAAUUUCCUUUUCUGGACGAUUCACUGCUGCGCAUUGAUCGCAAUCGGCUUCCCCUGUUCAAAUACGUGUUUCCUGCGCACAUGGAGCAUCCCGAGACCUUGAGCUUCCUAGGCUACAUCCAGCCGCUCGGCGCAAUCAAUCCCAUCGCCGAGAUGCAAGCGCGCUGGGUCGUCCAGGUGCUACUGGGCAACGUCCAGCUACCUUCCAAGGCGAGUAAACCUUUUCCAGUCGCCUAGAGGUUAAUUGUCGGCCGAUAAUACGGGACCGAGCAUACAGGGUGACCGUGAGGCCGCGGCAUCGAUUCCCGGUGUCGGCUCUCCCGUACCGAUAUUACGCGCAGGAUGCGAGAACGCAGCUAUGCUUUUAUAAAUUUAGGCGCCCAUCAAUGAACCCCAGUGUUAUUUCAGUGCCUACCAGUGGCAUCUCCAAUAGCCUUGAUGUUAACCGCCCUGCCUUUCCUUGCUUCUCUCUCUGUUUAGAGAGAGUGAGAGAGUGAAGCAAGGUGCUUCCGUUUGUGGUUCCGUCUGUGGUUUUCUGUAUGCCUCUCUGUGUGCCUACCGGUGUGGUAAUCCAAAAAACGGCAGGAAGAGGAAGAUGGAAGCUUGCGA